AUGGCUUCCCCGCAACUCCUGCUAGGCAAGGUCGCUGCCAUCACGGGUGGAUUGACGGGAAUCGGACGGGCCAUCGCACUCGAAUACCUCCGCCAGGGCGCCAAAGUCGCCGUCAACCACCUCGGUGGAUCUAACGAGGACAGCCUCGUCGAGGAGUUUCACAAAGAUGCCGCAGAGGUAGUCUCGGGUGACAAGCAACGGUUCAUCACCGUGCCAGGCGACAUUUCGCGGCCGGAGACGGGCAGGGACUUUGUCGCCCGCACGGUCGAGGCGUUUGGCCGGCUGGACGUGUUUGUGAGCAAUGCCGGCGUGUGUCAGUUUGCGGAGUUUCUAGAGAUCGAACCCAACCUCCUCGAUCAGACGGUCUCGAUUAACCUCUCCGGCGCCUUCUACGCUACGCAGGCCGCUGCGCGCCAGAUGGCGCUGAAUCAGUCCCCUCCCGGCGGGUCAAUCAUCGGCAUCAGCUCCAUCUCCGCGCUGGUCGGCGGUGGACGGCAAACGCACUACACGCCUACCAAGGCGGGCGUGCUGAGCCUGAUGCAGUCGACGGCCGUCGCGCUGGGCAAGUACGGCAUCCGGUGCAACGCCCUCCUGCCGGGGACGAUCCGCACGCAGCUGAACGAAGAGGACUUGAGCGACGAGAAGAAGCGCACUUAUAUGGAGGGACGCAUCCCGCUGGGGAGGUUGGGUCAGCCAAAGGAUCUGGCGGGACCGGCGGUGUUUUUGGCUUCGGACGAGUUGAGCGGUUAUGUGACCGGAGCACAGAUCCUCGUGGACGGAGGAGCAUUUGUCAACCUGCAGUAG